GUAAGGCAGGUGCGGGUAUACUUCAUUCUCAGUUUACAAUGCGACUACUACUUCUUCUUGUUCCCUUAGCCCUUUUGACUCCAUGUACAGCCAGUAAUGAGACGGCUCUUAGUGCUCUAUCAGCCAUUUGGAAAGCUGUACUACUCCUCAAGAAGGAAUAUGAGGAAUUCAAUCUGGACGGCAUGGCAGGCUACAAGAUCUUAUUAGCAAUGAAAACAAGGAGCCAUGUGUUGUGACUGCACCUUGCUGGAAGAAGAUGAAGAAGAAGGGGUGUACUGGCUACUCCUUGUCCCAUCAAUUACUGUUUUUCAUUGCUGGAAGAAUGAAACGCUGCAGGAGUGAUCCGUUUGUGCAGGAUUUUGGCUAUUACACAAAUGUAUUUUGCUCCAAUAUGAUGAAAAUAAACCUAGAUAUUGAGCACAGUGGUUACCCCUUGCAUCAACAAGACCUUUUCAUGGAAAACAUAAUGCUAUGUGGUUUAUGUGGAUAUUCCGAUUUUUACAAACUAGAAUGGAUGAAUAAAAUUAUCAGCUGGCAAGAUCCGAUCCUUGGAUGUUUCAGUGAUACAGGACAUGAGUUAGAUUCAGAGAAUGCUGCCAAUGAGAAUCAUUUUCCAAAAAGGGUAAAAAGAAGAGAGAGAAUGUUUUUAGAUGUAUGCCUGAGCCACAAAACAGCAGUGGCAGUAGGAGCCCUCGGAGGGUUUCAGUAUUUCUUUACAUUCAUGUGACUUAUUGUAAUAAAACAAUGUAAAGUAAUGUAUUCAAAUAAAA